AUGCAAACCCUAACUUUACUGGAUGGUCACUGGAAAGACGGGGAUGUCGUUUUGAAUGUUGGUUGUGGGACUGGCAAUGAAACGAUAAUGAUAGUUGAAAUGGACAAUGUCAGCAGUGUGAUAGGUAAUGUUUAUGCAGCGCCGUGCGCUGGCUAUACGCCAUUAAUGCAGACAUUUGGUACUAUCUUAUCAGGGCAUGAUUUUGAACAACCAACAUCUGGAUACACGCUGGCUCUCUCUGAUGGUCACUGGAAAGACGGGGAUGUCGUUUUGGAUGUUGGUUGUGGGACUGGCGACGAAACUAAACUGAUCGCGGAAAUGGACAAUGUCAGCAGUGUGAUAGGUGUUGACAUUUCACCGCAAAUGAUUGAGUAUGCGAAGACGCAACACGUGAUUUCUAAAAAAGUGGAGUACAUACAAGGAGAUGUAUGUCGACUAGUAGAAGAACAUCCACAGUUAAGUAAUCAUUUCACAAAGGUUGUUUCAUUCAGUUGUUUUAAUUGGUUUGAAAAUCAAAAAGACGCACUUAAAAAUGUUUCCGCGUGUUUAAGUGAUGGCGGUGAAUGUGCAAUCCAUAUGUCCUACAAAAGCAACCCAGUACAUGAUGCUAAUGUGCAGAUGAAUCGCCAUGAACAAUGGAAAGACCAACUACAGGGUUUCAAUGACGGACUUUAUUUAUAUCCGGGGAGCCCCGCAGAAUUUGCUGAAGUUGUAAAGACAUGUGGCUUUACUGACGUCAAGUGUUAUUCUGAUGACGUAAUAACUAAAAUGCAUUCGACAGAAGAUAUGAAAGAUUCCUUUAGAGCCAUUCUUGGUCAGCUUAAUGUUAUACCACCAAAUCAACACGAAGAUUUCCUUCAAGACUGGCUUCAUGUAUUUGACAAGAUUAAUUCUCAUGAUGGUUCUGAGACCAGGAUUUAUAAUAUUCCCUCACUAUUUGUUUGGGCAAGAAAGUGA